AUGAAUCCUUACAAAGGGUAUGUCGAUCGAAUUUACCUAAUUGGUAUUUCCAAUCAGAUUGAAGAAGGUAAAAUGACAUGGGAAGAAGCUUGCACCCAUGUUCCCAUCGCCCCAACCCUCCAAUCAAAUGAUUUAAAAUAUUUAGAUGUUUCAAAAUCUUUUUUACAAAAUCAAUUUAGCUUACAGAAUAUCCCAUUGCCUAAAGGCAAGAAAGGUCGUAGGGUCAAUCCCUACGACCAAAUCAAAGCUCUUGCUGUGAUACAUGACCACUGGGCCUUUCCCUGUGGUCAAACAAAACAAUGGAAACGUUUGAAAUUACAACAAAUUGAUGUAUCUUAUAGAGAAGUACGCAGAUACUUCAAAGAAAAUCAUUUCACCAAGACGCGAUUAGAGCAUGCCGGGCCAGAAACAGCAGUAAGAUAUUGGGCGCUUUCACCCAAUCUUAUCUGGCACGCAGAUGUUCAUUAUUUUAGGGGUGUUCGUGGCCAGUAUAUUUAUGGCAUAAUCGACGAUUUUAGCCGCAAAGUCCUAGCGUGUAUACAAAUACCAGAUAUGCUGGCAGCGACGACAGCGAACGUUGCGGCUUCCGCCUUCAUUGAAUUUGGCGCCCCUUAUUGUUUCUGGACCGACAACGGUUCAGAAAAUAGGGGCGCCUUUCAAGAUCUACUUGAUCUUUGGGGCGUCCAAUGGCGGCAUACAGACUCUCAUUCUCCCUACCAAAAUGGGAAGAUUGAGAGAUUCUGGCCGACAUUGGAGCGCUGCCAAAGCAUUCAGGCUAUUCCUGCCUUUAUUUGGGAGUACAAUAAUAACACACUGCAUGAAGAUCUCCCAAUUAAUCCAUUAACUGGAACAAAUUACACGCCAAAUCAAAUGUAUCAGCUGAAACCGAAAUACACAAAUGCAGAUACAGAAAGGUUGUGGCAAAUAUGGGAUAGAGAUACAGGCAUGACCGCUGUUGACACAUUCACAGCGUAA